AUGAGGGCGCUGGUGUUACUGUGCCUCGCAGUCGGGCUGUGGGAUUCGAGCCUGAGUAGCAGGAGCUGCCCGGACCUGAUCGUUGACAGCUGUCACUGCUCGGCCGAGAGGACCAAGGAGCUGAGCCGGCAGCACGUCCGCAGAGUCAAGGUGGUGUGUGAAGACGUGGACCUGAUGGACACGCUGCAGCCCAGCUUCCUACCCAACAGAACCGUGUCCCUAAACCUGAGUAACAACAAGAUCUCCCUGCUGAGGAAUGGCUCCUUCUACGGCUUGGCUGCCCUGGAGAAACUGGACCUGAGGAAUAAUUUGAUAAGUACAGUGGAGCCCGGGGCCUUCCGUGGUCUGCUGACUCUGAAGAGACUGGACCUGUCCAACAACAGGAUUGGCUGUCUCUCGCCUGAAAUGUUUCUCGAUCUGGGCAGCCUCUCAAAAUUGAAUUUAUCCGGAAACAUCUUCUCCACUCUGACCGUGGGACUCUUUACUCACCUCGUGGCUCUCAGAGUGCUGCACUUCAGCACAGAGACUUUGUUCUGCGACUGUCAGCUUAAGUGGCUGCUUCUCUGGGCCCGAAGCAACUCUGUGAAGAUUGGCAACGACACGGUGUGCAUGUUCCCCACCCACCUCCACGGGCUGGAGUUUCGCAACCUACGUGAACAGCAGCUCAGAUGUGACGGACCUCUGGAGAUGCCCCUCUUCCAGCUCAUCCCCUCCCAGAGACAACUGGUCUUCCGUGGAGACCGCCUGCCCCUGCAGUGCACCGCCUCCCACCUGGACCCCUCGGUGGAGCUCCGGUGGCGUCACAGCGGCCACGUCGUGACCACGCAGGAGGACCGGGGCGUCUACGUGGAGGAAACCCUGCUUCACGACUGCUGCCUGCUCACCAGUGAGGUCAUCCUCUCCAACAUCGACUUGGGCAUCGCUGGCAUCUGGGAGUGCCUGGUGACCAGUUCCCGUGGCAACGCUUCUCAGCAAAUGGAGAUAGUUGUUCUGGAGACGUCGGCACCAUACUGCCCCGCGGACAGAGUCACCAACAACAAAGGGGACUUCAGGUGGCCAAAGACUUUGGCUGGCAUCCUUGCCUUCCUGCCCUGCGCUCCCGCCACCUUCGGCUCCGCCCCCAACCCGUAUGGCGGCGCUCCAUACCCCUCCGGCCAGAAGGUGAAGAAGGCGUGGCGGAGCUGUGACCGCGCUGGACGGUGGGCCGAAGAGGACUACACCCAGUGCCCGUACGCCAGUGAGCUGACCCGCGUGCUGCAUGAGCUCACACAGAUGACCGUUAACACCACCAACGCUCAGCCUUUAGGCCAGCAGUUGGUGGCCUUCACCAGCAGGGCGGCGCACUUCACCGAUGUCAUGGACGUCAUCUUCGUCACACACCUGGUGGAGAGGUUGACGAGGCUGGUGGAGAAACGUAGAGACCUGGGGGACUACAUAUCAGACGUAGCCAGCAACAUGAUGCUGGUGGAGGAGCACAUCCUGUGGAUGGCGCAGAACGAGGCCAGAGCGUGCACUCGCAUCGUGCAGUGCGUGGAGCGCAUCGCGGACCUGGCGCUGAGCGGGGACAAUCAGGUUGUUUCCAAGGUAUCUGCGAACAUCGCUCUGGAGGCCUUUCUGAUCCGGCCAUCUAACUUCCUCGGCCUGUCCUGUACUGCUCUUCAGCAUCCGUCCACCUCAUCGGCAGCCUCGCUUCACGGUGACAGCCGCUCCCCCACCGACAAGGACACCAGACGAGAGCGCGACGCCGCCGGGGAAUCGCUGCUCAACUUCAAAUGCCACACCGUCAACAACAGCGGCUCACCGGCCAGUCAGCUCAGCAAGAACUCAGUGGCAGUCGCCUCAAUCCAUUUACCGCUGGCUGGUCCUCCUCUCUCCUCCUCUGCGUUGCAAUCUGUUGAUAACUCCACUUGCAGGCUGCAGCUGAUCGUGUUUCGCAAUGGGAAACUCUUCCCUUGCACCGGGAAUUCAUCAAACCUCGCCGACGAUGGGAAGCGUAGGAGCGUUUCGACACCAGUUGCUUUCACCAAAUUAGAUGGGUGCAGCCUCGGGAGCGCCGUGCACUCCGUUACCAUCGCUCUCAGGCACUUCGCACUGGGAGUAGAUCCCACCGCCGCCUACUGGGAUUUUGACCUGCUGGAUGGCCACGGCGGCUGGAGGGCGGAGGGCUGCCACAUAACGGGCUCCGGGGGCAACACCACCACCAUUCACUGCACCCACCACAAUAACUUUGCCGUGCUAAUGGAUCUGAAGAAGGUGCUGUCUUUCCCCCCUUACCCUGGGGAGUUUCUGCACCCGGUCGUGUAUGCCUGCACGGCGGUCAUGUUGCUCUGCCUCUUCGCCUCCAUCAUCACGUACAUAGUGCACCACAGCGCAAUCCGCAUCAGUCGGAAGGGAUGGCAUAUGCUUCUCAACUUCUGUUUCCACACGGCUCUGACCUUUGCUGUGUUUGCCGGCGGCAUCAAUCGAAUCAAAUACCCCAUCAUCUGUCAAGCAGUCGGGGUGGUGCUGCACUACUCGUCCCUGUCGACCAUGCUGUGGCUCGGGGUGACGGCCAGGAACAUUUAUAAACAGGUGACCAAGAAGCCUCCGCAGAGCCAAGAUGGUGACCCGCCUCCGCCCCCUAAACAGCCCCCCCUGUUGAGAUUUUAUUUAGUCAGUGGUGGAGUGCCCCUCAUCAUCUGCGGGGUCACGGCAGCCGUCAAUAUAGACAACUAUGGCAGCGGGGAGCAAGCGCCGUACUGCUGGAUGGCGUGGGAGCCCAGCCUGGGAGCCUUCUUCGGCCCCGUGGCAUUCAUCAUCCUGGUGACAUGCAUCUACUUCAUCUGUACCUUCGUCCAGCUGCGGCGACACCCCGAAAAGAAGUACGAGCUCAAGCAGCUGACGGAGGAGCAGCAGAGGCUGGCCGCCAUCGACGUGCCGACGCACUGCCACCAGGGUGCCGAACCUGGAGCCCUGGCUGCCCCAUCGGGUGGGGGUCACUGCCCCGCUGGCUGCCCGGGCGUCCCCAUCAACCCCGCACUGCUAGCCAACGAGCACUCCUUCAAGGCUCAGCUACGGACGGCGGCCUUCACACUUUUCCUGUUCCUGGCCACCUGGACCUUCGGGGCGCUGGCGGUGUCACAGGGCCACUUCCUGGACAUGAUCUUUAGCUGCCUGUACGGUGCCUUCUCCGUCACCCUCGGCCUCUUCAUCCUCAUCCAUCACUGCGCCAAGCGGGACGAUGUCUGGCACUGCUGGUGUUCCUGUUGUCCCGGACGCCAAGCCGACGCCUGCUCCGGCGCCCACGGGCCCGCCCAAGCGCGGCCCAAAGUCAACGUGAACGGAGACACCCCCGGGCACGGCCACGGCCACAGCCACUGCCACCACGACUCACCGUGUCAGGGUAAAGCACUGAUGAGCUGCAGUCAUGGCAAUUUAAGUCACUGCAAGCACGCCGCUCUUCCUUCUUCGCAAAACCAUGUGACGUGUCUGGCACCUGUGACGCCGUGCUGCGCCGCCCUGCAUAGCCAGCAGCUGAUGGAAGAGGAGCCGGCGGCCACGCACGUGCUGCUACAUGCCGACCCGGAGGGUUACCGGCCGGGGAUCCAGCUGCACCCCUGCCUAAAGAGCAGCACCAGGACUAAAAGCCGUCACUUCAGCCGGCGAGCCGGGGCAGGUGCUUGCGGGGCGGGGAGCGAGAGGGAGUACGCCUAUCACAUCCCCUCCAGCGUGGACGGAGGCAGCGUGCACAGCUCACACACGGACAGCCCCCACAGCACGCAUGAGCGCCACGCCCACAUCUGUCCACAUCUGGCCCACGAAUGCCACCACGAUGGGCAUCACACAUGCCACACCGCUGCAGCCACCGCGCACGAGGCCCUGGCAUGCCAUAACCCCUGCCACCGACACAUCUGCUGCGCCAAGGCAGACCUUUUCCCGUCCCUGUGCCCGGCUGAGGCCGGCGACGCAGGCGUCUUCCUGUGUGGCUGUGGCAAAGUGGCCGAGCAGGACCCGCUGGCGACGCAUCACCACCUGGAGAUGCACGCCCCACGCAGACAAUCCUACCCCCAGAACCCGCCCAAUCAGAAUGGGAUUCUUAAGGGGGGCCUGCACGAAGGACUCCUGUACGCUUCGGACAGCACGGGGAAUAUACGAACUGGACCCUGGAAGAAUGAAACUACUGUGUAGUGAGGGAGACAGGGGAGAUGGGCAGUAUCCUUGUGUCAUCCCGCCAAAAAAUGAAACCCUCGCCUCCCUUCCUAGAAUGAAAAAAAUGAAUUGAACAACAUUUUAAACAUCAUAAUCAGUGUGGGAUGUUUUUUAUUUUAAUGUCCUCAUGUUUUAAUGUGUGCUGUUUUACUGUACAGAAUUCUGAUAUCACGUAAAUGCUCCCUGAAGAGCGUCCAUACACAGAACAGAAUCUCCUCCACCAAGAAGAAUUUAUGAAACAUUUGUCACACCAAACCAUCAGAUGUAAUUGAAGAUAUUUCCACUGUUCCAUAUUACUACAGAUCUCUAUAUAUAUACAAGAAAAUGAAUGGUUGUAUGUAUGAAUAUGUGUGUUAGUGCUCAAAGGCAACACGCUGCAAGAUUUUUUUACUCUUUGAAUCUGAACCCAUCAAAUCGUCCACAAUGACAGUGAGCCUCCAAUACUUUAAAGAACUCUUGACAUCCAUGUUUUAGACGACUAAACCAGCAAUUUUAGACUUCAUGGGUAUUUUUGCCAUCCAGUCAAGCAACUGUGAACAUCUAUUGGAGGUUUUCUAAACAACAUAUACAAAGAUACUGUCGCUUUCCAGAGAUGUGUGGAUGCCAGUUAAGUUGUGAAAAAUUCAACGCAACAGAAAAACAGAAGUGAAAUUGUCGUGCUGUCUGUAUGAUGUCUUCACUGUUGUGUUUCUUUUUUCUGGAGAGAAGUAAAUAACGGCAGCUUCAACAGCAACAGCUUUGGCCAUUGUGAGUAGAGAGUUGGUGUCAUUGAGUCAUUGGAUCCAGUUUGGUUUGUGUCAGCCCUAACAGCCAGUUCUUUGCUAGUGUCCUUUCAGCUCAGAUCACACAUACUAUCAGGCAUCAGUGGCUCACAACAAGGCAGUUUCAUCGCUAACAGCCGGCAAUUAGCUAGCCAGUGAAACACACGCAGGGCUUCCAUUCACAUGAUGGGUAUCAAAUGAAGUACCCUGUUGGUAUCGCUAUCACUUUACUGUACUGGUAUCGGUAUUGUUAUAGGUCAUUUUUUAAACGAUACCCAGCCCUAGACCAAUGUCCUAUUAUUUUCCCUCUAAUUAAAAACAAAUAAAACAUGUAAGCUAACCUCACCCACUAGUAGCUAGAGCCACAAAAGGAGACAUGGUGGAAAUUAGUGCAACUGCAGUCCCUUUAUGUUUUUAUUUAUUUGUCUUUUGUCUCACUACAGCCCUAAAGCAUGCAUGCAUUGUUGUAUGGAGCGAUGUUCUGUUAUUUAAGUUGUAAAUUAAUGCCCAACCAUGAACACAGACUGCUGCAGCUUGCCAUAUAUAGUUUUUGUCACACUAUUGGGUUAAGCCUAGAUACUCAAGUUUCCAACUAGAGAUCUCCAUUUAAGCAGACUAAGGGCGGGUCCAGUGCCAUUUGACUCAACAGUUGCCUCGCUGCUCGUAAUGUGCUUUCCUACGCUGUGACAAGAAUGUGGGGAUGAAAAAAAGCUGUUAAUUGUUAUUCAUUGAGCGGCUGGCUAGUUUGUGAGCAAGCUUGCUAAUUCCACCAUGUUUUUAUGCAGCACUGUUUACAGAAAAUGUGCCAAACAGCAGGUUUGUGGCCACCGGAGGCGCUGGGAAUAAUCCGUCCGCCACUCCCGGUUGCUAGGUGUGUAGUUGCCAACCACUCUCCUAACGGCUAACUAGUUUCCUAAGGCAAAAGCGCUAGCUAGCUACUAGGCUACUAGGCUACUAGUUCCCCAGUAACUGAAACGGGGAAAGCAAACGUUAUUUUUAACCAUCAAACAAAAACAACAACAACGUGAACAUAAAAUGUACACUUCCUUUGAACCGCUCAAGAGUUCACUGGACAGCCGUUCGAGACUGCACCGUUGACCGGACCAGAGAGCGGUUUGCAUUCACACAAACCCAAACCACUGAAUUGAGAGGGUUAACGCUCCAGGGCUAAACAAGGCAGGUGUGAACGCGCCCUUAGUUUAUCCUAGAUCCAGUCCAGAAAAUCACAAUGCUCUUGGUUCUGCUUUGGUAGAUAACUUGUGUCAGGAGAGGCCAAGGUUGAAGUAUAGAUAGUUUAUUUAUUUUUCUGUUACCAUGAAGGCCACAUUCUCUUUGAAGAAUUGCCACUCAAAAGAGAAGGCAAAAGAGGCUUUGUAUUGAUUUAGAAGCACUUGUUUGUUUUAUGAAUGAUGAUAUUGAGUAUGAUACUCCAGACAAAACCAUUCAUACAUCUCGUCAGAAAAGCCAAACCUAAAAAAAAAAAAUUGUACACCCAUGCAGCGCAUAUAAUCUCUCGCAAGACCACCUCGGCAUGCACACCAUCUCUUUAUCCAUCUCGUGCACUCUUGUCUGUGUAUAUAGAAUCAGUUUCUGAUGAAUUAUUUUAUAUGAGAUUUAAGAUAUUUAAGAAUAAAAUAAGUCUAUAUGUAAAGAAAGGUGUAUGGGGAAAAAACCCUCUCAAUGUUAAUACUCAGUAUCUGAGUUUAGAAAUGUACUUUUUUUGUUUUCUAAUGCCUUUUUUUCUGUUGCAAUUUUGAUUUGACUUCAUAAAGUAUGCAGACUCGCCAUGUGUUGUGAGUUUAUCCUGUCAUAUCAGAAAUAGAAAAAUGCACUACCUAUAACAACGUUCGGCCUGCCAGGAUAGAUCUGUCACUUGCAGUAUGUUUAUUAUGGAAAAGUUUUGCUCAGACAGAAAUAUUAGAAUUAAAGGUGACAGGAGAAAAGAGAAAUAUUAAUGUGAUACUCCCUUUAUUUGGACGGCAGGCUUUGAAUAGUGAAAGGAGGCCCGACAUCAGAUAUGAUGCAUGAACCUCAUCGCUUUGCACAGUUAUCUCCAGGGUCUGGGACAAAAAGGGGAUAUUAUGGGGCCAACUUCUGAGUUAUUAAACAGCGGCCCACAGUUGAUCACAGGAAACGGGCUCCUUUGAGCCGCCGUAGAUGCUGGCAGUCAGUGGCCCUGGCUUUGUAGUCAUUGGAAAAGGGAUAUGUAACAGUAUCACAACAAAACAUCUGAAAUCAGCCUUCCCCCGCUAAACCCACAUUAGACUGAGAGAAUGGUGGGCUAGGUUAAUCGCUGUACAACAUGUGUAUUUGCUGGUGGUGGUGUCUUAGUAGCAGCCUGAGAAGAUGUGUUUGGUAUCAUGGGGCCACCGUAGGCCGACUCCUGUGUUGUCAUCAGUAGCAGAUGUACUGCCCUAAACGAGCUUUGCUGACUCACCAGACGGCUGCUGGAAUAUUCACCUGUGGUACUGUGACAAAAAAAAAAAUGAAAGCCAGUUUUCACUUUUUUCUACAUUGACACAGAUUCCAAUAAAUGUAUU